GAAUGUUUCCAAUACACCAGCUUAUAAUAGCGCUUACUACAAUGAGCAGACCAUACCUGGGAAAAAUUAUGGACAACAAAUGUUACCAAUCUCUCAAAACAAUUAUAAUAUUUAUAAUCAAAAUGAUCAUGAACAAGUAUUACGAAAUUCUAGAAAUGUUUAUAAUCAUGGAAGUGAAACUUAUCCAGGCGCAAAUAAUCAAGGAUAA